GAAAUUCUAAACAUAACGUUACAUAAGACUUGCAAGUCAACCUUUAAGGUACCAUAAGACACGUGUUUUUCUUCAAUUUAACCUGUAUGUGCUUUUAUAUAAUAAAAUUUUACAAAUAAUAAAAGAAAUUAUUUAUAAUUUCAUUUUUCAGAUCAUGCACAUCCAAAAAGAAAUUCAGAAAAUUGAUAUAUAUAGAUAAUAGUUAAAUAUUUGCAUUUUAUAUUAAACACUGAUCUAUCAUUUGAUUUUCUGGAAGAGAAAUCUCAUUAUUAUUAUUUAAUUUCAAAAAUUUAACUUUAAUAAAGGCAAAAUGGUUUCUCAGAUAUUUGAUGAAUCUCCAAAAGAAAUACAAUUAAUUAAUUCGGAUGAUGAAUGUCAAAGUUAUGUACAAACUAAUAAACAAGUUAAUGAUAUCAAUAAAGUUCAAAUGAAAAAACAACUUGGCCUUUUGGAAGGAAUUGCAAUUAUUUUAGGAAUUAUAUGUGGUUCAGGUAUUUUUAUUUCUCCAAAAGGUGUAAUUAUAGAAGUCGGAAGUGUUGGAGUUUCUUUAAUUGUUUGGGUUUUAUGUGGUUUACUUUCUAUGAUCGGAGCAUUAUGUUAUGCUGAAUUGGGUACUUGCAUACCUCGUAGCGGUGGAGAUUAUGCUUAUAUCUAUGAAGCUUUUGGUGAUUUACCUGCAUUUUUGUACUUAUGGGCUGCUAACUUAAUUUUUGUGUUUACUCACAUUCGCAAAUUGUUAUGAUGUCAAGGAAACAUCUAAAAUACAAAAUGUAUUCAUAUUUGCUAAAGUUGGUGCAUUAAUAAUUAUAAUUAUCGCUGGAUUGGUUUGGAUAAUGUUAGGGCACACAGAAAAUUUUGAAAAUGUCUUUGAAAAUACUAUUACGGAUCCUAGUAAAAUCGCAGUCGCUUUCUGUUCUGGUAUAUUUUCGUAUUCUGGUUGGAAUUACUUAAAUUUUAUGACUGAAGAAUUGAAAGAUCCUUAUGUAAAUUUGCCACGAGCUAUAUAUAUAUCAUUGCCUUUAGUUACUUUUAUAUAUGUAUUGGCAAAUGUAGCUUAUUUAUCAGUUUUAACACCAACUGCCAUGAUUGCCUCUCAUGCAAUUGCUGUGACUUUUGGAGAUCAACUUCUUGGUAUGAUGGCAUGGACAAUACCUGUUAUGGUAGCUAUAUGUGCAUUUGGAGGAUUAAGUGUUCAUAUUAUGACAUCAUCUCGAAUGUGUUUUGUUGGUGCCAGAAAUGGACAUUUUCCUUCAAUGUUAAGUCAUAUUAAUAUUUCAAGACUUACACCUACACCUGCUUUAGUUUUUCUUUGUAUAUUAUCUUUAAUAAUGCUAUGUACAAGUGAUAUUUUUGUCCUGAUUACAUAUUGCAGUAUAGUCGAAUCAUUUUUUAUAAUGUUAUCCGUAACUGGUGUUUUAUGGCUUCGUUACAAAGAGCCGAAUAUGAAUCGACCAAUUAAGAUGCCUUUAUGGAUCCCUAUUACAUUUGUAUGCAUAUGUGCAUUUUUAGUAUUUUUUCCUUCUUACCAAAGACCAUACGAAGUUGGAAUAGGCGCCUUAAUAACUUUGUCUGGAAUUCCAGCUUAUUUUAUUGGUGUCAGGUGGAAAAAUAAGCCAUUAUGGUUUCAACGACUUAUACUUGAAAUCACUUACACCGUACAAAAAUUAUUCAUAUCUGCCAUCGAGGAACGAGAUUACUGAUUUAUAUAUUGCGAAUAAAAACAAUUUAGUGUUGCGUUGAACUUUGGCAUUUCAUUCUGAUAUGAAUUAUAUUUAUGAUCAUUUGCGUAUUGCUAACACCAAGUGACUUUGUUCUUGGUAACCAAAAAUUUACAAUAUAUACAUAUGUAACAUAAGUGCGAAAUUGCUCUCUGAAGUGUAAGAUAAUUAUUUAUAAUUAUUAUUUAUUUUGAGGAAAUUUUCUCAAAUCUGAUUUACAUAUAGAAUGAUUUAGUUUUCUAAUAAUCGCAUAUCUUUUUAUGCGAAUACAGUUACAAAAUUAUACAAUAUUUAAAAAUAAAAAAUUUUCUUAGAAGUAUUCAUAUACAUAUUUUCUAAAUUCUAUUUAAAUAAGCGUUAUUAAUCUGAAUUAAUUAUUAAAUUUGAGUAAGUUUUUAAGCAAAAUAUAUAAUAAUGUAAACUAAUAUUUUUGAAGCAAAAUGUAUUAUUAUAUUGAUAUAUA